UGCCGUGGGCAACCGGGUUUUGGGUGGUGACUCGUCUUGAGGUGUUUAGCGAAUCCGCUUGGCAUCAUUUUAAUUUUGAGCCAGGCAAGCUAGCUUAUGAGCUAGCGAAGAGGCAGUUAAUUUGCCUUGGACGCGUGUAGUCGCUACUGAUCAGGACGUGGGUGAACUGGGGCGUGUGCGAUCGUUUGAGUGCGCGCGAGGCAGCUGCCCUACCUAUGGAGGUAGCAACAGCGGCUGUCUUCGUUCAUUUCAGCAGUGUGGCUAGAGCGUGGCGGUGUUUCAUCGGAUGACAGCGAGCCCAUCCUAGCUACGGAAUGCGCAUCGACGCUCUCGGGUCACUCGCGCAUUUGUACAACUCCACUACCUCUUAGGUUCCCACCAAUUUCUUAAAUCGCCCGUCGUUUUUCAUCCGUCGUAGGCAGCGUUUAUGAUUUUAGAUAGUGCCAGUUCACGGCGAAAGAAGAAACCGAAGUUCAAGGUUGGAGGCGCCUCUGUGCCGCUCACACAUUCGUUGCUGCACCAGUGGGUGACGUUCGACGGACGUCGCUCAGAAGGAGGAACGUGCGGCGAACGCGAGCGCGUGCGUUCGAAACCACCUCGUGCCAUCCGCAGGUGCUACCGCCCUACCGCCGUCACUUGGAAGACGACGACCAUGGGCAAUAGCGACGUGAUCGAGGUGUUCAUUGAGACGCUGCACGGCACCGCCUUUGAGCUGCUCGUCUCGCCUGCGGACACUGUGGUUUUUGUCAAGUCGAGGAUAUCAAGACUCGAAGGUAUUCCAGUGUCCCAGCAGCACCUGAUCUGGCAGUGCAAAGAGCUGCCAGACGACUCAUCCCUGCAUGAAUGCAACAUCACUGAUGGAGCCACCAUCAAGCUCGUGCUGGCUAUGCGAGGAGGCCCCAUCAACACCCGCAGAGCCUACCUGGAUGAGCGGCCAACCCUGAAUGAUGUGGUCAAGUAUCUAGACACCAAAAGCGAGGUGAUCCUGAGUGUCCCUCGAGUGCGGGCAGUGCGCCUGGUCGUGAUGCGAGACGGGGACAAGGUGCAUUUGUACACUGUACUGGACACCGCUCCUAGGUCGCCUUCGGGGCUGCUCAGGUGCAGUGAGGACAACACGCCUCGGGAGCUGAGCGAUGAGGACAGCGCCUCUGAGAGCUGCCGGCACAGAGAGAACCAGAUCACCCGCCAGAAGCUGGAGCAGCUGCAGAGGAAGAUGCGUUACUGUCGGCUGCGCAAGGGAGUUAAGCCUGUGUUCAUUGACCUGGCUAUGGAAGAGGGCACUAAGGCUAUCACCGCGGCGCCAAAAGCCCUCCUGCCACCACUUGAGCCACCAAAGGCCCAACCUCCAGCAAAGCGGGAUGAUGCUGUGGUUCAGGCACCUCGGCCGAUUAUGCCGCGGAGCUCUCUCCCAUCAUCUAAUGUGCCAGGUUGUGGAAAGAAGAAAGCUGAGAAGGCUUUGGGUAGGACGGCUCUUCCCCAGCUGCAGACCAUACCAUCUGGCUGCAGCCGUAUUACUCCUCGCCACUGGAAGUCUCCAUCGUCCCUCCAGAGCCCAAGAAAGCACCUUUUGCCAUCAUAUUUCAGCAGCGGUGGCCAUGUGACCCACCAUCUACCAGCAGCUGUUGCCAGAGCUGAAGCUUCUGGGGCACUGCCCAAACGAACUGAACGCACCGCUGCGGUCCUGCACAGUCGGGCUGGUGUUGGCUUCCAGGGACGCUGCCGCAAAGUUCUCUUGCUGGCCACUCUUGGACCAAUAGGUCCAUCAUCAUCCUGUUGUGCCUCACUGCCUGAAGAAGACACUGCCUGCACUGCUGAGCCUGGGCGCUACUAUAAUGUGCUGCCCCCUGUGGGCCGUAGGGAGCAAGGUGGCCUACCGUGCCUGCAGCCUAGUCAAGACCUGGCUUCUGCUGUGGCAUCAAUUCUUGAGCCACUCGAGCUGGACUGGGGUGACUGUGACCGGCCCCAGACUGCUCCACCACGUUUCGUGCGUGUAUCGGUCAUGGAGCGUGCCAAAGCGACCCGUCCGAUUGUGUCCUUGCCAUGCACUCCCAACAAAGGCCAUGCCUGCAAUGCAAAGACUUUAUCAGAAGCUCAAGGUCCCACGAUGGCUGGGGAAUCUGCCCUGCCUACCUCUCUGCCCACGAAACCCUCAUCGCCGACUUCUGUCCCAUCAAGUCCACUACCACCUAGCCCCAAGCCAUCACGUCCACUCUCGUCGGCCACGCCUCCUAAAAUGCCUCUAACUGCUGCGGAUGCCUGCCGCCAUGACAUGGCUUCAGCACGGAAACCCCCUCCUCCAUCAGCUGGGAGUGCUGAGGGCAUCCGCUGGGCGUUGGGCGAUGGUGGACGCCGCACCGCAGUGCUGUUGCCGAGUCGGCUGUGUGUGGCCCCACUGCUGAAGCGUGUCGUGCAGAAGGAGCUGUGGAAGCUAGAACAGGAGAUGAACAACAGUCCAUCGUGCUGGGCACGCGUGGCAGCUGAUAAUGAUGGGGAUGAUCAAAAGACACCACGACCAAAUAACACCGUGCCCACAUCUAAUGGCCCUUCAAAUGGGAGCCCCGAGAGGUCUGCUGGAUCUUCAACAGAUGCUUCUGGAUCUGCUGUCACUGGUGCCAGUGUGGCUGCAAUGUCUGCUGAAGGGAGCUCGUCGGCAGUUAGUGCAGCUGGGUCAGCUGGUUCUAUGUCAGCUGAGACAUCUACCAGCAUGACUGGGACCGCCAGUGGCAGUGGCAGCAAUGUGGUGCUAUCCGUGGAUGUGGGCACUUUGUCCUCUGCCGAGCUGAGUGCUGGAAAUGGAGGUGAACUUCUGCCAAUCCAGCUGGAUGAUGACUCAAGCAGCACCUCAGAGUCGAAGACUGAUGACAUGCCGGUGGACCCGCUGAACCCAUCCCCUGGCAAGGCCAAGAAGAAGGGCAAGCGAUGCUCCUGGUGCAACAAGAAGACUGGACUUGCAUCCACCUAUGUUUGCAGGUGCGGAAGCACAUUCUGUGCUACUCACCGUUAUGCUGAGGCACAUGCGUGCUCUCAUGACUACAAGGCAGAGGGGCGCUACAUUUUGCAGCGUAACAACCCUGUGGUCAAGGCAGCCAAGUUGCCCAAGAUCUAGUUCCUCUGUGACCGAUGGACAGGAAAUGGACAUUGACUACGCUUGCUCUGGAGGGGGCAGGCUGUGUGCAACCCUUUUCUUCUCCAGCCACGCAAGCUUUUAUUUUUCUCUCAUUGACCGAAGCAUGUCACUACUUUCGACCUUUUAUGCAAGCCCAUGGUCACCUCCGAACGAGCAAUGACUGGAAGACUUUCCUGGCUGGAAGAAUUUGCUAUCAAAAGAACUGUUAAUGUACAACUUACCGCCAGGCAGCUGCGCUCUUGCAGAUGACCUGUAGACAGAAGGUCUCUCUGCCUCAGAAGAUCUAUUGAUUGAUGGACCGGUGAUGCAACCUGGAGGACUAAAGUGAGCAACUGUGACCAUGCAACUUUUCUUCUCAUUUUUCUUGUCUUUUGUGUGGCUUUGAAUUUUCAGCAAAGCAGUCCUUGUAGUGACACUAGGCACUUAUGGGGCACCAUGUUGGUGUAUUUGUAUUGCCUUCUUCUCAUGCCUUUUUUUUUCUUCCUACCAAUUCGGACUGGGAUCUUCUGGUUGCCAAGGCUGACGGCUUCUUUCCCAUUUGGCUUGAUACCCCCUUUCUUUUUUUAACUAGGUCUAAUAUUUUUGAAAUUCUAUCUGAAUAAAUUUUAGUACGUCUGGAUAAUGGAAGUCUCUGUAUGGUACGCCUUUUGCAUGCUGGUCAUUUGAAACAAUAGAAAAUAAAGUUGGGCGCAUUGAAUGCUCGGUGGGCUUCAGGAUCGCUGCCCUAAGUCUGUGAGGAGGAGACAAAAAUACCCUAAGGAAAUGUUUCUGUUGCAUCUAAAUUUGCAAAAUGCACCGAGAAUAAGGAUAUUCAAGGAAAGGCUAAGAUACCUUGCAAAAAGUUUUCGGCAGUAGGUUUAUCAUGGUUUAUUGCCUGUAGGCAACACCAGGCACUGAAAGCGAGCUUUAGCCCAAGCCGCCUAUGGCUUCGUUUGGAACUUUCAUUGUAGACAGGUCCUGUUGGAUGUGAAACAGAGGUGUACAUUGCAUUUACUCUACAUUGUUCGCGUUAUACCACUGCAGCCAAGGAUAAAAAGAAAGUUGUGUGUCAUGCGUCUUCAACCUCUGUUCCUGCUCAAAUUCAACAAAUGACACUUGCUGCCUGUCAUUCAGUGUUGACUCAAGACGUUUAGCCAGAAAUUUCAUACUCAAAUGCAAAACUGUGCAAGAAACUUUUUUGCUUCGUUGCCUGUAUACUCAGCGUUUGCCAGUAAAGGGUUGACUCUGGUUAAGCAUUCACAUGAGCAGAGAGCAUUGCAUCAAUACCUGAUGUUCAAGUAUUCAUUCCCCUUCUCUUGACCUGUGUCUGCCAAUUAUCAAUUGAUUCUUACCAGAGCCAAAACAAAACUUGUUACACUGCACAUUUUCAAUCCAGGAUGCUGCGGCACUGCUGGUCAUAUUGGGAGUCCACUGGCAUGGUGGUGGCAUGACCGAUAGGGCGUGGUUUUCAUGAGUGACAAUCGAAAUAGGUCAUGGAACCACAUCAACAUUGUUCUGCCUGUUUGGUUUCUUCUGUAUACUAUGUUGCAAUGUUAAAUCUGUUACUUAUCAAAUUGUGUACUGACCAGCCCUACUGAGCAUGCUGUCAAAUAGUGAGCAUUUGCAGUACUUAAGAAAGUACACGUGGUCAUCACCUGCAACAUUCUACUACAGUAACAUGCAAAUCAAUGCUGAAAUAUGUAGAUGAAUAAUUUCCAGUGUAGUGACUAUUACCCCAGUCAGAUGUGCAAAUUUAGUGUCACUUCUAGUGAGUGUACUUCGCCAAUAGUAGUGUCAUUCGCCGGCUGCCAGACGAAGGUUUAGUGACACUCUCCAGCAAGUGUGUCCGUCAAACUCUUUGCUGCAUUGAAGUGUGUGGCCUCAAUAGCACUGCUUCAAAAAUAAAUUAUACUCCAUACUUUGACCACCUGAGGGUGAAGGGGGAGAUCUUUCUCUCUCUUGUUAGUUCACAAAUAAACUAUUUCUCUGUCUCUCUCUC